AUGAUCCAGAAUGCUGCUGAUGGAACAAAGCUGCUACAAAGUCCAAUCCCGGUGGUGACUCGGUACUAUGGAUUGUGUAUUCUGAGCACUUUAGAUGUUUAUAAGACAACAUGUAAAAUUGACGUUUCGAGUUACCCGUUCGAUACGCAAGAAUGUGUCAUAGUUUUGGCUUCUGCAUAUGGAUUUCCUGUGAUGCUUCAUCCGUUCGUGAAUGAACUUUCAGACGAAAUAGCCAACUUACAAACAGAAAAUGGAGAAUGGAAUAUUACUGGAAUGAGUGUUAACAUAACAGAACUGAAUUACGGGGUAUUUGCUGUCAAAAUGUAUCUGACUUUGAAAAGAAGAUACGCGUUUUAUGUGAUCAACAUCAUUUUCCCCAUGGGUCUACUCACAGUACUUAACUCCAUGGUGUUCCUUCUGCCCGCAAGCUCCGGGGAGAAGAUGGGAUUCAUAAUGACCGUCUUUAUGGCCCACGCCGUCUUUCUGAACAUCAUUCAAAACUCCCUGCCGACGACGUCAGACCACAUCUCCAAACUUUCACUUUAUUUAGUUCUGAAUGAGAUUCAAGGUUUCUUGGCCAUAGCCGGGGCCAUUAUUGUCGAAAAUCGCUAUCACAGUGCACCGAAAGUCAAAGAACAUGACUUUUCCAGCUGUAUCCAGAAAUGGGGGAAGCCUGUUUUACAAGGACAGGAGUUGAAUGAAUCGGCACAGACGCCAACACCAGACGAGAACCGGCACGGUGCUAGUGGAAAUGGAAUCACUGGUUUGUUGAAGCAGAAAUGUGGCAACAUCAGCGAUCGGCAUUUGGAUGCUGUGUUCUUUAUAAUCUCAUUCAUUAUGGCCUUUGGUAACAUAUUUGUUUUGAUUUCAUGA